UCCGGGCGCCAUUUCCGCACAGGAGAUUUCCCAGGGAGGGGGGCGCAGAGGAAGCCCGGAGCUUAUCGGGUAACCCGCGGGCGCCCGGUCGGCGGCGUCUCGGGCUCCCUCUGCAGUUCCUGUCCGGCACACGGCCGCCUGCCUGCCUGCCUGGCCUCUGCGCAGCGGCCUUCCAGCCUCGCCAGAGCGGCCGAAGGAAAGCAGACCCGCCGCCAAGCUUGCGAGAAGGGCCCGCGGUUGCUCGAGCCAUGGCCAAAGGCGUCGCGGACCCCCGAGCCUUCCUGCUGCUGCUGCUGGUGCUGUGGAGCGGGCAAGGGAGCCAGGCUGGCUGGAGCCCGGCGAGCGCGCAGCCGGCCGUCCCUUGCCAGGCCCCGGUGCAGUGGGAGGGGCGCACGGUGCGCUAUGACCACAACACGGGCAAAAACACCCGGGCGCUGGUGACCUACGACGGCCCCAACCAGCGCCUCCGGGUGCUGGACGAGAAGAAGGGGCUCAUCCCGUGCAAGAAAUUUUUUGAAUACAUAUACCUAUAUAAAGAUGCAGUGAUGUUUCAGAUUGAGCAGGUUACAAAGCUGUGCUCCAAGAUGACUUUGACUGAGCCCUGGGAUCCGUAUGAUAUUCCAGACAAUUCAACCUAUGAAGAUCAGUACUAUAUUGGAGGACCUUCAGAUCAAAUUAUGGUACAGGAAUGGUCUGAUAGAAAACCAGCUAGGAAAUUUGAAACCUGGGUUGGAGUUUACACAAUGAAGGACUGUUACCCAGUUCAGGAAACCUACACCAAGAACUACAGCAUGACAACCUCCACCCGCUUCUUUGAUCUCAAGCUUGGGAUAAGUGACCCGUCUGUAUUCACUCCUCCCAGCACCUGCCAAGCAGCUCUGCCAAAAAUAAUGGGGGACGAAUGUUGAUGGGGGGGUGUUGGCUCUUUAUAUGCAAACAAAAGACAUCAUGUGAGUGGUCACUGAUAACCAACUGCCAACAUCUAACCUGAGUGUUGUGGUUUGCAGAAGGGCAGAGUUGGAGGAUGGGGCGAGGCAAAUUAAGAAAUCCAUGUCGCCGUCAUUGUCUCAUUCUAACAUUGCACUCAUAAACUGUGGUUAUAAGUGCUUCUGGACAUUUAUUUAAGCUGCUAAAGGUGUUUGUGAGGAACUUGAUUGCUUUUAUUUUCUAAGAAGCAUACUAUGCUCUAAAAGCACAUUAAAAUAUGAUAUACUUUUAUUAAUUUUGGAGGAAUAGAUAGAGUAUGGCAUAUUCUGGAAUAAAGCUACUAUUGUAGCAUGGCAUCAAUAGCUGAUUAAAUACAUUUCCUAAUAUUGCUCUCCUUAGUCUUCUGGAAGCUGUUAUUUUGCAUUGAUUAUGGGUGCAACAGUCCAGGAUACUAACAUUAGUGAGUUUAUAUUAUUUCAGGAGUAAGAAAUUAUUGUACUUAAGUGUACCACAGGGUCAGAGUAGGUAUGUUUUUCGUUUCUGCACUGCUUAUGUUGUAUUUUUUCAAGGGAGGUAAGAAAAGGAAUUUAGGCUGGAGCCACAAGCCAGGUAGGAAAGACAGAGCUAAGAAUAAGAUGUGUGAAGGCUAAAGAGAAGAAGAUUGUAGAAAUGAAUGCAGGAGAUGGUCUCUAGAGAUUAUAAAUGUGGAGAUUUGGGGCAACUAUAGAAUCAGUGGCGAAGCCACAAGGGGGCGGGGGGUGGGUGCGUCAUGCACCGGGCGCAUGCCUGGGGGGUGCAAAAAUCACCUCAUAUUUUGAGUCAAAGUAAUUAGUAGACUGUGAUGAGAGGUAUAUGAACUACCAUACCUUGUAUGGUUAAAAUGCAUGAUAAAUGUCACUGAGAAUCCUACUUUUAUUUGCACAAACUACUUUGAUUGCUGAACUUCUAUUAUUGUUCACAUAAGUAUUCCACAACAUGAGCACUCACGUGUAGCUCUUUGCACAGAGCACUAGAAUAGCAUGAGACUUGAGUUCUCCACACUUUUCUAACUGAUUUCACUCACCUUUUGGUGGCCUUUUAAAAGUUGCCCUUUCCCAUUCUUGUUAAAGAGUGCAAUCAGACAGGGAAUAUGGGGGUACAAUAGUAGUUUCGGCAGACUGACAGCAGGAUUGGCCGUUAUCCUUUAAAUAGCAAAAGAGAGGGCGAUCCAGCAAGAAUCCAUCAGCUUUUCUGUUGCUCAGCAAGGAAGGAGGUAUCCUAUCAAAAGUGCUACGGUGAGAAUCAUAGGACUUUUGUUCACUUGCCUCAGGGCUGUUUGCUUCAUAAUGGCAUUUUCCUGUGGUUUUCGGUUUACACAAGAGAUUGGGUUGAAGUACUCACACAGUUCUCAGGUCUGUUCAGCAGAGACAAGCAGGUCCAUAACAACAACUUUCGUUUGCAAGGAAGGCAGCUCUUACAACUGUAAGCAUUUGCCACAAGAACUAGAAACUGAAACCAAGAGCUCCACCCAGUAGCAGUAAACUAAAUCCAGGGGUGCAGCGAAGGGGAAUUGCGCACAGGACAUGUGCGCACUCUGUGCCUCUGCUGCAGUGGCACUUGUCCCCACCCUGGAAUGCCCCAGAACACCCACAGCCCGGCCACGCUCCCGCCAUGGUGCUGCCUGGGACGUCGCGCCCCCGUUGGCACUAUGCCACUGAUUAAAUCACACAAUUAAUAGGGGAGAAAUAGGAGUCUUCUACUCUGUACGUACACAGUUCUAUAGAUGCAUACCCUAGCAAAGCCCCCUUUGCCUACUCUAUUUGAUUUUUAAAGAGUCCUUUUCCUCCUUAUCUAAAGUACUCCUGCCAGCCCAACACAGGCAAAAGUUCAAAUCUUGAAUGCCUUGUUUUUCUGCAAACUCUACCCCCCGCCCCACAAUUCCUUGCUUCAGUGUUAGACUGGUCCUUUGCUUCAGCAUUAAACCACCACCAUUUUUUAAAAACACACACAGAAAAAGAGUCCUUCUGAUCAUUCAGGAAUAGUGACCAGAAGACUAUGAAAAUCUGCUGUUGGGUGACCUGAGGAAGGCAGGAAGGAGCAACAAAACCCAGAUAAAGAAUUAAGCUUCCUGUUUAGCUGCUCUAUUUCACAAGAAAAAGCGAAGCAGCAACGAAGGGUAGCUUUUUUUGCCAGCGUUUGGAAACAGCACAGCUUUUCUGCUCUGCCCCGUGAUGGCUUUGGGAAGGGCAAAAAACAGUGCAUAAAGGAAAGUCUGCGCAGCAAAGGAAAGAAGCUCACUGUGAGGCAGAACACAAGUAUGUCAGUGGCCAUAGGCUCUGCCUGUGCAAAAGCCAUGAGGAACAGGAGCUGGUUUAUGCAGGACAGUUGGGUGAGGCUGAGUGCAAAAAUCUGGCUGGCUGUCACUCAUCAGUUGCUGUGACCUCCCCCGACACAUUGUCAGGAAACUGUUGUAUCUUCUUGCAGAUUGGAGAAUCGCGUUUUAAAGAGUGGUCCCAUUUUCCUUUAUCCUCUUCAGCUCAUUGACCCUGAGCAAUGUUUGGCUAGAAAAUAAAGUGCAAAAGUUACUCCUGAUAACCAGAGUGAGAUCUAACAAUACUGAUUUUUUUUUUUUUUGCAGAUUAGAGACUUUUAUCUCUCAAGUGGCACAGCAUAUAUGACAAUCUUGUUUUAGAAUUUUAGGCACAUAAGAAUGGUAAUGAAGGUUGCAUUUGCAUAGAAACGGGCCCUUGGUGAUGGAAAUGGCCAUCAAGUUGCAGCAGAUUUAUAGCGGCCGCAUAAGGUUUUGAAGGCAAGGGGCAAACAUUGCCUGUUUCUACAGAGCAGCCGUGGACUUCCUUGGAGGUCUUCCACUGUAGUAUUAAUCAAGGCCAAUCCUGCUUAGCUUCUGAGAUCUGAUGAGAUGCAGCUGGCCCAUCUAGAUCAGGGUAAAUAGGCACCUAGGCAUGUUUAAAUGUAAUUCCCAAUGAAUAAUAUUUUUUCUGCACUCAAGCCAAUGUGUGAAUUGCAUUUUCCUUCUGUUGUGCUAAGGAGUGGUGGUUGGAGUGUCUAAAACAGACCCAGGAAGGCCUGGGUUCAUAUCCCUAUUCAGCCAUAGGUGACCUCAGGCUAUUCAAUAUCCGUCAGCCUGAUCCACUUCACAGGAUUGUUGUGAGGAUAGAAUAGAAAGGUGAGAAUUAUGUACACCAGCUUGAGUUGGAUAAAAAUGCAAUACAUUAAUCCUGUAUGGUCAAUGUAUUUUAGAAGUGAAUAGCACAUUGUUGUUAAUGGAGUUGGGAUUUUUUUUUUUUUUUGCCUUGCUAUAUUUCUAAAAUGUAACAAUCUUGAUUAAAAAGUUAUGGAGCUCU